AUUUCCCCAUUCUUUCCAUCCUUACAGUACAUCCUUCCUUUGUUCUUUUUACGGAAUCAAAAAGUCGAAAUACACGAAUUAUUGCGCGACUGUGUAAACGUUUUGGCGGCGAUCCUGCUCUCGCGAAGAUGGGCAUCUCUGCGUAUCUCCACCGCCUAGGAAGGCCCAAGCGCUUCCUUUAUACCAUGACCCUCUCGACCGGCGCUUCCCUCAUCACCCUCUCCCUCCUCAUCAACAAGCUCGCGGGCUUCUACGGCAUUCUGGCCUUGUUCACGGGCUACCACCUGUCGGGAUUCCAGUUGAGCAUGUACGUCUACAGUGUGCUGGGCUUGAUCUUGACGGCAUACCUGGCGCCGUUCAUCCGGAAACAGACCCCUCUCCAGUGUCUUGCGCUGGCUUGGUUCUACGUGCUGGACAGUGUCAUCAACGCGGCAUACACCGCGGCCUUUGCCGUGACGUGGUUUCUUGUACUUGUGCAGCACGACGGCAAGAGCAGUGGCUCAAAGGGACCCGGACACGGGAUGAUGGACGACACCUCAGGAUUCACCAGCCCGGAAAAGAAUGUGAGCCGUGUGGAGGUCGUCGCGAACCCGGCUGCCGGCGUGACUGCCGGACAGGAUGCCGUUGCUGCCGGUGUCCCCGCCGACAGCCCUGCGAGCAGCGGCAUCGGUGAUGGCGUGUUGGGGACGGAGAGCAUGAACAGCAUCGGUGUCAUUGUCAUGCUCUGGACCAUUCGAGCAUAUUUCUGUCUGAUCAUUCUCGCCUGGGCACGCAUGGUCGUCAGGCAACAUAUCGCGUCCACCACUAAUCACGGUGUGAAGGCUGGUACCGCUGCGGCAAAUUCUGAAACCGGCAUGGUGGAAAAUCCAUUCGCCGAAACAAAACCCCAAGGUCGAGGGUGGAAGGGGAAACUCGGUCGUGCCAUGGUCAGCGUCGGACGGAGUUAUUGGUUGGGCAACGACGAGGACGACAGCUGGAUGCAAGGGAUGAAGUUCAGGAAAAGCACCGAGUUUGGUACCAUGCUCAAUAAGAUUGAGAGCCAGUCCGGCGCUGGACUCGCGGAGCGGGAGAGGAGACGACGGUCGGGGACGGGUCCUCCCUUGCCGAGUGCCGGACUUGAUCUACAGCAGGGUAAAGAAGAUGGGAAGACGUUGCAGGUUCCAACACAGAACUUGUGAGAAGGGUUGGACUGAAGCUGGAAAAAAACGGGACAAGAGAAGAUGUCCACGCGCUUUGGCUCAGUCGCUGCAAACCUUCAAGAUUGGUAGCCGAAACGAGAUCCUCACGGAAUGUUAGCAAGUUCUCCUCAGAGCAGCUGGACCUGGGUCACAAAGUGAUUUUCCUAUGGAAAUCCUCGCUUGCGGCCGGACUUCUCGAAAGCUGAAUCUCGGUGUUUUGGUGACGAUGAAACUUGGAGGGCUAGGUGCAGAACAGGUAUCUUUACGAUUUCAAGGUCAAAAUACACGGCGUUUGUGUUGCUUGCAUUGGACUAAUAGGACAACGUUGGUGGAAACGGGUUUGGAAAUACCUGAGACAGUCAUCAAUAUAUAAUGAGCAUAUAUUCCUUACCGGCUUGGGAAUCAAUAAUUUCCCUCGGACUCCAAUGAACGUUAACAGCACUCAAAAGGACAAAGUAAAUCGUCUACUUAGGUACUAUAUGAGAUGCCCUUGGGACCAAUGGUAAUGGUUCGGCCAACGACAACGGAAUAUAAGGGCUUGCAAUGAAUCAACCGGAUUGAUUGGAAAGGGUCUCUUGAAUGUGGAUUGUAAUCGUCUUGUAUCAUACCGAGUAUCAUGGUUUAUAAUCUUUAUAGGAAACGGAAAGCCCCC